CUUCUGCUAGUAUCAUACACGGCUGACUCCACGUUGACCAAGGACCCUAAUACGUUUAGGGCGAGCAGUUGGCAUAGUUGGAAAAACGACCGUUUAGGAGACAGCAAUAGCAACCUAUCAGAUCACAGGACAAAUAGCUCUGCUAUAAGCUUAGACAUUGAGCACUCUUCUCAAGGAGGCAUUAAAAAUCAAAACACCAUCGGAUGGAGCUCGAAACAGACCUUGAAACUCAAUGGGACUAUAAAAGCAAGUUCAACUUCGUCGCUUAAGCGUACGAGAACUUACACGAACGCUGCGAUGGAUUCAUCAAUACAGGGCAAAUUAAACUCAUCAGUUUAUGGUGAAUUAGGCUGCCCUGAUAAUCCUUGGAAGAAGGAUUUUUAUGAACUUUUUCGACACUGGAUCCAGAUUUCUAAACAAUACAAUAUAAAGUAUGUCUUGGCGUGUGGUAGUCUCCUAGGAGCGAUGCGAGAUGGUGAUGUCAUUCCCUACGAUUCAGACAUCGAUGUUCUCGUCGAACACAGUUAUUUUUCGAUCCUUGAAAGGCUGUCAGUAAAGAGAAAUUUUAAUCCUUCGGAUGGAAAAAUCCGGCUGGUAGUGCAGCCAGAAUUUGCCUUAAACAUAUCGAUUGAUAAGAGGAGGAUGUUUAACUGCGAGGGAAAGGUUGGUAUCCCAGUGGAGGGGAGGCGGGGUUACUCAACAAAUUUUGUACGGCCCGAAGUCCAACCCCUUACCGAAAAUGGUACCCCUUUCACAUACCUUGUUUAGAACUUUUGCAUCCCUUUUAUCUACCGGUAAAUGCAUCGUCAUUUAAAUAGGAAACAAUCACAAAAACGUUUUCCCGACUUUAUGAAGCCAUAAAAUUCAUCUGCUAGCCCUUUGGGCCCUUUCACAGACCCAAAUGACAGAAUUCCAUACCCUGUCAUAUACUCCAACGAGUAAAAUCCCUUACCCUUUUCGGGCGGAGCCUCCCCGUAUAGGCCAUUAUUGAAAGUACCCGAAUCUCGUCCCUAUCUGGGGACGAAGUUGGGAGUACCCCCCGGGGGAGGGUUGGUAUAUCUCUUAUAGCAUUUACUACUCUUAUCCUCUCUACUAGAGUUUUAAUCAGAUAAAUUUUGAUUUAGCGCGGGAUUCCCAUACAACUUCGCGUGAUAAGUGUGACAUGAAACAAAGGCGGGAGAGUGAAAGAGUCAUACCUAUAAAUGAUGUAAUAGUCGUCCGGGACAUUUAUUUAAGGUUAGAAGUUCAAGAUUGGGCGUUUAAUAGAUUGGAGGCGUUUGAAAGAGAGAGGUGUUUAUUCUCAUAGCUGUAACAAACUCAACAAAACUAAUAUGCUUUCGGCAAAAAUAUCAAAAUAGCAGAAUAUCCAGUCUAGCCCAUCUAAAGAUCCAUAUCGCACUUUCAGUGAAACCUCCUAGAAGUAUCAUUUUAUGUCAUUAUCCUCUUCGAACUUCACAUUGAACAUGAUGCAAUGCACAAAACUGUGUUAAUCAAGCAAACAACUGAACAACUUGAAUGAUUUCGAUCCUUUUUGCUAUUUCCUAGUAUUUUGGAGUAAUUGUCAUGGGAGGCGCCUAUUAUACAGGAGGCGUUUAUUAUAGAGGGGCGUCUAAUACAAACUUGACAUCGUGGGAGGGGCUUUUAUUGGCCAAGAGGCGUUUAUUGGAGAGUGGGCGCCUAUUAGGUCAUUUACAGUAAUAUUUUGUUUUCGCGCGCAGUCACGUGUACAAUUUCCGGAUUUACUUAAUAAACACCAUUCAAAGAAAACAAGUUCUCGCUUUUAAACAGUAUGUAUUAGAACAACAGAUCCGAGUACGACUGGCACAAAAGUGGUCGCGGAUGCUUGCUGGAGCAGCCGCUUUGGCGAGAGCUUUAAAUUCCACCAGGCAUGCUAUAGUUUGAACUUGGUUUCACACCGUCGUAAUAAAAAAGAACUGGAUGGUUGCUCACUAGAGUUUUUCAGUACAGUGUUUUGUCAGAGUUAAAACUGGGUUACACAACGCUGGUCGCCUGCUGGAGCUGGCCCCUUCAAGAGUAGUCGCAAAAGAGCGUUUUGGAUGCAUUACAGCAGGCAAAUCCGAGAGGAGGCAUUUAAACUAUUACUACUACCAGUACUGAGGAGACUAGGCAAACAAUACACAGAGUAGAAAAGAAACUAGAUAGAGAUAACGGAAUGAUCACGAUCAUCAUCAUCAUUGAUUUCUAUAUCAUUAUUAUUAUUAUUAUUAUUAUUAUUAUUAUUAUUAUUGCUACAACUGACGUAUAUCGCAACACCUCGCGCGGGUAGUUGUAAAGGCUAGUAUGAAUAAAGGGAAAGAAAUCAACGGGUCAAAAAAAUUAGGUAAAAAAAAACAACAAACGACCAAAAGAGAGGGAAAAACUCCCUUAGCCGAGAAUCGAACCAGGACCACCUGUUUAGAAAAUUAACUGUGCGUGUAAUAUCGUACGUUUACGUUGGUUAGCUUUUGUUACAUGAAGUAGUUUUUGGAGUCUUCCCAGGAGUCUGUGUGUGAUUAAAAGUAGAAAGCAUGGCUUCGUUUCAUUCAAGUUGUCUCAGUCAAUUCCUCAGUUAAUAGCCGAAUAACAUGGUGUCAGAAGUUAAAAUCGUAGUAACAAGAAUUCUAAAGCGGUAGAAGAAGAAGAGGAACGUUUCAGAGAAGCCGUCGUUGCUGUUGUGGUAUUAUUUUCUUGUUCGCGAGUCGUGCACGUGGUGAGACGUCGCCAUAUUGUUUAGCUGAAAGAAACUAGAAAGCACCAGAACUGUGAGUAUUCGUUUUCUUCAACAUGCCAUUUUAUCAAAUACCACCGCCAGCGCCCAUGAACGUAAAGGAUGAUGUAUCAACAAAUUGGAAAAUGUUUAAAGAAGCUUGGUGUUAUUAUGUCACUGCCACUGAACUUAACAAGAAACCUAAAGAAGUACAGGCUGGGGCUUUAUGCAGUGUUAUGGGAAUGGACUGUGUGAAAGUAAUGAAUAGCCUUACUACUCUAACUGCAUCUGACAAGAAAGAUCCAGAGAAGAUUCUUUCUGCCUUAAGCGACCAUUUUAUGCCUCAAAAACAUUUGUUGUUUGAAAGAGUAAAAUUUGGUUUUGCCAAUCAAGCUGAAAAUGAAAGCAUUGAUCAGUAUGUAGUGAGAUUGCGCCAGCUUGCUGAGUCAUGUGAAUUUGAGAAUCUUUGUGAGAGCUUAAUUCGUGACAGAUUGGUCAUUGGCACUCGAGACUCUUCCACCCGUGACCGCCUACUUCGAGAACGCCCUGUGCCGGGGUUAGCCAGGUGUAUUGAAGCUCUUCGAGCCAGCGAGUUAUCUAGGAUUCACAAAGAGCAGUUUAAAGACCCUGUUGAUUCGCCAAACACUGUUCAUGCAGCAGAAAAGCAUCAUUCAGCAAAUGAGAAAAGGAAAGGAAAUCGUGGUAGUAGCAAUGGAAACUUGAGAGGUCGUAACAAGUCUGGAAAAGAAAAACCAUCUGGUCUAUGCAAGUUUUGUGGCACCGAACAUCCAUAUGAUAGAGCCAAAUGUCCUGCGUCUGGUAAAACCUGUCACAAAUGUGGUAAACAAGGCCACUUUGCCGUGAAGUGUCAUGUAAAGAGGCAGUCCCCAAGUAAACCAGACAAGAAAGUUCAUCAAACAAGUGGAGCGCAUCAGAGAUUUGCAGAGGAUAGUGAUGAAUCAGAUGAUUCUAUUUUUAUUGUAGAGCGCGUUGGAGUUGUCAGUAGCAAUGAAACCAGAUCCUCCUUUAUGGUACCCUUCACCUUUCACACAGAGUACAGCCCUACGGUUACAACUCAGCUGGAUACUGGAGCAACUUGCAGUGCAAUGUCCUAUGCAGAUUUGUUGAAUAUUUUGCAACUUGGCGAAGUUCAGUUGGAUCCACCUGGAGGCAAGAUAAGGCUUUAUGACGGUAGUGUUGUCAAUCCACUUGGUUCGUACACAUUUUCAGUCAGCCAAAACAGUGGCCCUAAAUGCAAGAUAAAAUUUGACAUCUUGGAGAAUGCACCUUGGCCAAUCAUAGAUGGUAGAACAUGCGUUGACCAAGGUUGGAUAUCCCUAGGAACAGAAGCGUCUGUUCACUCAUUAAAUAGCAAGCAAUAUGAACCCCUCACUAUGGAGGAACUUUUGAAGGAAUAUGAAGAUGUGUUCACAGGACUUGGUUGCCUGCCCGGAGAAUAUCACAUUGAAGUAGAUCCAGCCAUUAAGCCAGUGCAGCAUGCUCCUCGACGUGUACCAGUACCACUCAAAUCAAAGUUGAAAGAAAAGAUUGAUGAAAUGGAAAAGCAAGGCAUCAUUGUCAAGGAAACUCAGCCAACAGAAUGGAUCAGUAGUCUUGUAGCUGUGCAGAAGCCAGGGAAACUGAGGGUGUGCAUCGAUCCGCGUGAUUUGAAUAGAGCCAUAAAGAGGCCAAAGUAUCAGAUGCCGACAGUGGACGAGGUGCUACCAAAGCUGUCAAAAGCAAAAGUAUUUACAGUAUUAGAUGCCAAAGAUGGAUUCCAUCAAGUUAAGCUUGACAAUGAAAGUUCACUCCUUACAACAUUCUGGACCCCUUUUGGGAGAUAUCGCUACCUUCGCAUGCCACAAGGAAUCAGCAGCGCCCCAGAAGAAUAUCAACGGCGCCAGAAUGAAGCGCUCGCAGGCCUCAAUGGAGUAGAAGUAAUUGCAGAUGACAUCUUAUGUUAUGGCAGUGGAGAAUCUAUGGAAGAAGCUUUAGCAGAUCACGAUCGCAAUUUAGUGAACUUGCUAAAGCGUGCACGUAGUGUUAAUCUGAAAUUUAACAAGAACAAGUUGAGGUUGAAGUUAGACCAAGUAACUUACAUGGGACAGUUGUUCACGUCAGAAGGACUAAAGCCUGAUCCCAUGAAAGUCGAAGCAAUUGCAAGCAUGCCUCGACCAGAUGAUAAGAGAGCAGUCCAACGUCUUCUGGGAUGUGUUAAUUAUUUGUCCAGGUUCAUGCCACAGCUCUCAAAAGUGUCUGAACCACUACGCAAGUUAACUGAGAAGAAUGUCAUGUUCACUUGGGACAGUUCACAGGAGGAAGCUUUCCAAGCAAUCAAAAGCAUGAUCAGCUCUGCACCCCUGUUGAAGUAUUAUGAUGUGGCCAGUGAAACCACUAUCCAAUGUGAUGCCUCAGAGUCUGGUUUGGGAGCAACCCUGCUCCAAGAAGGACAGCCGGUUGCAUUUGCAUCACGGUCGUUGAGCACUGUUGAACGCCAGUAUGCUCAAAUAGAGAAGGAAUGCUUGGCGAUUGUUUUUGCUUGCAGUCGUUUUAAUCAGUACCUACACGGAAGAGAACUUACAACUGUAGAAACAGACCAUAAGCCAUUGGUGCCCAUUUUCCAGAAGUCUAUUCAUUCAGCGCCUAAAAGGCUACAGAGAAUGCUCCUGCGUCUGCAAAGGUACAAUCUAAAUGUGACGUAUCUUCCUGGUUCCCAAAUGUACAUAGCGGACAUGCUUAGCAGAGCUUACCUACAAGUUGACCGCACCCAGUGUAAGAGGACACCAGAGUACCAAAUCUUCCAAUUCAAGCAAGAACAGCAGCUGUUUGAAGAAAUUGCCAGCAUCAAUCAAGUUGAUUACAUGCGCUUAUCUGAGGGUACCCAUCAGCAGAUUAAGCAAUGCACUCUUGCAGACCCCACUUUGCAGACUCUAAUGAACACUGUUACUACCGGAUGGCCAGUCUCCAAAGAAGAUGUUCCACCUUGCAUUCGAGAAUAUUGGAAUUACAAAGAAGAGUUAACAGUGCAAGACGGAGUAUUGUACAAAGGAAUGAAGGUCAUUGUUCCCAUUUCCAUGAGACCUCAGAUGAUUGCCAGAGUCCAUUCCAGUCACUUAGGACCUGAUGCCUGUGUACGUCGAGCACGUGAUGUGUUAUUUUGGCCAAGUAUGUCAGGCCAAAUCAAGGAACAAGUUCAAAACUGUGAAGUUUGCAAUGACUUUCUAGCCAGACAACAGAAGGAACCGUUAAUGACGCAUAAGAUUCCAGAUACCCCAUGGUCAAAGGUUGGUCAGGAUCUCUUCACCUAUGGAAGUGAGACCUUCCUAGUGACUGUUGACUAUUACAGUGAUUACUUUGAACUAGAUUUGUUGCAAGAUGCAACUACAGAGUCUGUGAUCAAGGCAACAAAGUCACACUUUGCCCGGCAUGGUAUUGCAGACAUGAUUACAGACAAUGGUCCCCAAUAUUCAAGCGAUCAGUUCGCCGCUUUCACACGAGAAUGGGAAUUCCAGCACACAACCAGUUCGCCACUCCACAGUCAGAGCAAUGGCAAAGCAGAGUCAGCCGUUAAGAUCGCCAAAAAUCUGGUUAAGAAGGCUAAGCGAGAAAACAAAGAUCUCCAAAUGGCCCUGUUGGAAUGGCGAAACACGCCUGACGUUAACAAUUUAAGUCCGACUCAAAAGCUCAUGUCAAGAAGAACUCGGACCACCAUCCCCACCGCUGAAGGGUUACUCAAACCCGAAAUUGUCGACGGUGUACAUGACAACAUUAAACGUAAGAGGCAGCAGACCAAAGCAGCUUACGACAAGAGCGCAAGACCAUUGCCCGAGCUUCAAAUUGGAGAACCAGUACGUCUUCAGCCAGUAAACCCCAAAGCUCCAUGGGACAAAGGCUCGUGUGUGGCAAAAGUCGGCCCACGUUCGUACCUGAUCGAAACAGAGAACGGAAACCUAUACAGACGUAAUCGGAAGUUCAUCCGCCAAGACCCUAGUCAAGGACAUCAGCAGCCCAUCAUCACCGAUAGCAGCUCCACCAAGCAAAGCUCACCUUUGCCAAAGCCAGCAGAUGUCCACCCUGAACCUACAGCGAAAGAAGAAAGGAAAUCGCAGCAACCUGAGACUCUCGUUACAAGAAGUGGCAGAGUCAGCGUUCGCCCAUCAAGAUUCGCAGACUACGUUUAAUAGACGAUUUAUGAACUGAACUUUGACAUUAACUUUAGUUCUUUGUUGAGUUUUAGUUUUACUUCCUAAGAUCAAGUCAACAUAUAGCAGAAAGACAUUUAAGUGCAUGUUUUAGGCCAGAUAAUUUCUAAAUUCAAGUCGCUGAUUUUUAGUAAGAUCGUUUAUUACUGUAAAAGGGGAGAUGUUACAUGAAGUAGUUUUUGGAGUCUUCCCAGGAGUCUGUGUGUGAUUAAAAGUAGAAAGCAUGGCUUCGUUUCAUUCAAGUUGUCUCAGUCAAUUCCUCAGUUAAUAGCCGAAUAACAGCUUUGACCGCCGUGAAACUUUGACUUGCUCCUAAUCUUCUCGCGAAUCCGCCGACAAAUGACUACUACAGCACUCGCCCGCUUAUCCCGCCAGCUAUGCAGCCAGGCUGUAAUCCAUGGUCAGUUGCCAUGACAACUCAUAGGUCUGUAUGUAGUUAAUCCAGGAUUAGGACUAACCGAACUUCAAAAAACUCGGCCCAGCAUAUUGUCUUUCCUGAAACAUGGAAUAAGCCGUUAUUUAGUAUGGCCGUUGGACAGCUGGUUGGAAUAGGGCGCCAACUUUUUAAUGGGAAAGGAUGGUGCUUCUAGACCUAUUUAAAGCAUUACCCUUUGACCUAUAAUACUACCAACUGUAUUGCAUUCUCCACACCCCCGCCCCCGCCACCCACACUGUCCGUCCUUUUUAUAAAUUCAUUAUUACAGUCCUGAUCAAUAAACUUAAAAAAUCAGCUUUAAUUCAGACUGAAACUGGCAUUGCGCUUCUUUACUUCAGGAAACCAUUGAAAAGGAGGAGGACAGAUGUGUUUUUGAAGAACCCAUGGCGAGACUAAUUAAAGGCAAACAGUUCCUUGACGUGUUUCCCUUUUACAACAGAGCUGAUGUAGUUGAAGCUCCUUCCCAGAAGAGGCUGAAGAAGUACGAUAAGAAUGAUUUCUAUCCAUUUCGACCCUGUAGCUUCAUGGGAUUGCAGGCAUCGUGUCCAAAUAAUUCUUGGGAAAUGCUACGAAUGUAUUUUGGCAGUGACAACUUGGAACCUAUCUACAAAUGCAAGAAUGGUUCUUGGAAAAAAACAGGGGUCGGAAUGAUCACGAUAAUCAUCAUCAUUACUAUAGGAGCUCUUGGGCUCCUGAUUUUAUAUUAUUAUUUUUAUUAUUAGUAGUAUUAUUUUGAAAACAACAGCACUAAUAAAACUGGACAAAAUUUGAAAAUAAAGUAGACUACUGGACGUCGAGAAUAGCCUGCAAUUAGAACUGGACCACGGAUGAUUCAGGAAGUUCGUAAUUUAACAUGAAAAUUCUAGUCCGGUCUCAAACUACUGAAAUUUCUAAGUAGACGACAGCGACUAGCAUUCAAACACUUGGUAGAAGUAAACUGGAACCCAGCCCCCCUGGCUUUAAGAAGAAAGAGACGAUAUCUGGUAUUGAUGAGAAUUUAUUUGCUUAACGUUUAGAAAGGGUAUAGUAGCCACAGCGUAUAGGUCUAGGAUUCACCCUAUUCAACCUUUGUAAUUAUUGUCCAAAAGAAAUGGGUGUGAAAGUGGAUGUCUGCAGGCUAAUAUGCCGUGGCAUUUGCUUAAUUUCUGAUUGGCCAGGGUGAGAGUUGUAUUUGUAUCAGGUGAGGAUACAGCUGGGUAUCAGAUAUUAAUGAGUGGAUGACAUGGCUCGAGUAAUUCUUUAGUGAAAAUAAACAAUAAAAUUUUUUUUUUGGAGAAAAUAUAUUUGUUGUUAUCCAACUACAGCAGUGAGAGUUAUGCAUUUGUUUCUGUACAUAAUUAUCUUGACGACUAUAUAUUGUUUGUAUCAGUAAUUAAGGUGCAAACAUACCCACUGGCCAGGAGCUCCUGCACCUGGCAGAAAUCAGUAGAUGAAAUCAGUAGAUAUUCCCGGCAAGUAGCAAUGUUAUUAAGGAUGCACUUCAUGAAAAUUAUGGAAAGGUCAUAAAUAUAUCAUAAAUGUUGAUUAUGGAGGCCUUUUUUAGCAUUAACUCUCUAAAAGUUGGUUCUGGCAAUUUUUGCAGAAUGAGAAGUUUUAAUUGUCGGUAUCUGCUCUGUUUUCGGUGGGAAGAUCGAAAGUGACUCUGUAAAAACCGGGAGCAUCGCUGGGAGUUUUUCGAGAAAUUAGUAUGUGUAACCAAGUAGUGACGAGUUAAGGGAAUAAUUUCACGCGCGUUUUGUCCAUAUUCUAAUGAUUUCCCAAGCCUUCAGAAAUUUUGAAUUUUCCGACAAAAUACCUGUUAGAAUCCUUCUUGAUGCGCUCUUUCGCUUGGUUAGGUUUUCUAAAGCGUCUUUUAAUGCCCUUACGUUUUCAUUCCAAAAAAAAAAACCUUGACGCCAUCUUGGGACUGAGACGCAAGGCUUCCAACUUGUAAGAGAAAAGCGCUUGGAACGAGGUUGUAGGACUUCGACACGCGUCCCUUUCCCACGAACCUCUGCUGAAAGGAACGGUUAAAUUCUUUUCCCCUUGUUCGCAAAUAUCAGCUGGAGGACACGCACAAAUUACAGGAUAACUAAUUGUGACCGAUAGGCAAACAUUCGAAGGCUCCUAUUUAAAGGAGAUUGCGACUAAUAAGGCUCCAACUCAAAGGAGAUUGCGUUUCAAAACGGAAUAUCAGACAAAAAACUUCAAGAAUUGUUAUUUUGUUUUAUCUUUUUUCUGCCGUGAAGAUCAGUUUGCUCAGUGUUGUUUUUGAGAGUUUUGUUUUUUUCAUGACCCAUGCGUCCACAUCUUUUUUGAAGCGCUGAACUCAUUACUUCUUGAAGUCAUGGUUUUGCUGUUCUCUUUUACAAUGGUCUUUUGCACAAAGAAAACAAAUCCAAGAUUGAUAUUUGUUUUUUACAGAUGAAUAAUCACAGCUCUCACCUAAUAUCUGGAAUGCAAGCACUGAAUUAUAAUGUGUUUAAAUAGUUUUAAAGAACAAGUGAGGUAAGCUUAGAUUGUCAGUCGAGGUAAGAGUCUUCCAGAACCAGAAAGCUAGACGUUUAGUGGCUCAGCAGCGCAAUAUAUUUUUAGUAGGGACCGGAGACUUUCUUUUUGGGGGAGUGGGGGUUGGGGAUAGAUCUAAUUGCAAGAUGAGAAUGAUGUUUCUUUGCCGUGAAGUGAAAUUACCAACUCAUUGCUCCAAGGCAGUGGAAAUGUUAGAAAGAGGAAAUAGUGGAUCAAAGUUAGGGAAAUGAAGGGCAGAUAAACGUAAAAGUCUAUUGGGUCGUGACAUAAUGGAAGAUACUAUAGCAAGUGUUGCCGUGAUUGAUUUAAGAACUGAAUGGCGUAGCCCGUUUGUUCUUUUCAAGCAAAUAGCGUGCAAAACCUUUCAUUCAAAAAUAGAAUUUGAUUAUACUGACCGUGUGUAUAUUUUAACGAUAUGUUUGUACAUGUCGUACUUUAGGAGCAAUUAAGGAAAAAAAGAUGAUCAUAGAAGGAUAUUUCUCUUUUUUCACUGCCAUCCAUUUUUUUAUCGAAGACUGACUUCUAGUCAUUCACUUCCUGAAAAUAGAGCUUUUCAAAUUUAUAGCUACGAAACUGAUCAAUUCAUUACAAAUGGUUGGGUUCAAACGACCUGUCUAGUACAGCGAAUCCUUGUUUGAAACAUUUUUGCCUCGUUAACAUAUGCCUAUUAUUAUUAAAUUUCAUUUAUCUCUGAAAAUGUAAGCCCGAUAUACCAAAUGGUUUCGGAGAAAUUCUCUUUGAAAAAUCGCAAAUUUUGCACUAAGAAUGUAUAGCUCAUUAACGUUUUUGCCCCCAGCAAAUUUGCUGGGGACCAAUCUGGGAGUCUUAGUCUUAGACCCUAUUUGACUCCUGAAGGUAGCCUGCCAGCAAGCUCUCUCGGGGGUACGAGAGUGGGGGAGGACAGAAGGGAAGAAGAGCUAACACUUGUGUUUCAUUUUUAUUUUAGCAUCUACGUCACAAAAUGGGCCAAAAUGGAAUGCCAAAUGCUGAUUGGCUGAUUUUAAAAAUGAGGCCAUGACGUAAUGUUCUUUUGCGCGUACUUUGAUGAAUGGCGGACGGUGAAGAUCACGUCCGUAAAGCUUGCGAGAAUUUUUUUGUUAAAUCUCCCUCUUUUUUUGCCCCACUGCCAGAGCCCCCGAAGAGCCUGCUCGUAGGCUACCCUAAAGGAGGCCUUACUCUCGGCAACACAGUAUGAACUAAGGCAUUUGUUUUGUAUAUAGAUAUUCCUUUAGCACAACGUAACCUUAAACGAUAUACUUGUUAUGUGUGGGUAAAGAUAUUGGCUUUCUACCCUGAGCACCAUAAGUAAGACCAAAAUCUGCAAUUACAAGUAACAUCUCUAAACAAGACGACGAGCGUCCCUGACAAAUAAGAUAAAUUUCCCGAGAUUAAUUUCUACUACGCGUGACCAAAGAAUCCUAGACUAUAACGAUCAUUCGCAGCCUUAAGACUCGACGCCUUGGUGACGAAAAUAGUCUCGUAUCAUUAAUUGCUAAUAAAACCCUAUAAAGUUUACAAUAAACGGGCCAAUUGUUUAUAUUAAAGUACCGUGAUAAUGUUUAAUUAUUAAGGGACCAUUCGUCAGAAAGAGGACGACAUUAUUCCCGAAAAUAGAUCAUUGAGGAAAGAUUUAUGAAACAAGAGUACCAAAUGGACGAAAAAGAAAGUAAUGUUAAACAAAUUAAGGAAAAUAGACGUCAUUUUCAAACAAACUAUCUGACCUCUGUUGACUAAACAUUGACAGUACUGUCUACCUUAAUUACUUAUCUUUUCACUUAGUGUUUAGCUUAAAAGCGAAUACCGUACUUGCUCUAAUUAAAGUUCUCUUUUGACUGGCAAAUCUUUGGUGCCUUUCCAAGUUUAAUUUGAAUUGCAUAGAUAUACCAUAGAUAACAUCAGGAAUUUGAAAUAGUGGUCUCCAAUUGCAAAAUAUGCAAUCAGGGAAACAAAACAUAUGAAAAUGAGUUUUUUCCAUUUUGUGUCAGAUAAAUUUGGUGAAAUCUGAUUAAACCUCGAAAUAAAAUAUAUUGCGAAAUCGCGAUUUUUUAAAAGCAACUGUUUAAGGCGCACUAGUCAAACAUCUCUUUGUUAAUUGAAAUAAUCACAUUCAAACCUCCACCGUUUCCAGAGUUAAGAAAUAUUUCCUUGAAACUAAUUGUACUUCUUUAAAUUCCUAGAUUUAUUUUCCCUUAAUUCUUGAUGAAAAAUCCACUCAUGAACACAUUUUUUCAAAUUUUUCGGUACUUAAGGCAGUUCUCACAAAGCUCUAAUUGUAAGAGUAUCUUAAUGCGGUUUUUAUUGCUAGGCUUUUUCAUUCAGUAGUGAUUAAAACCUAAUAGUUAACCAGACCUGUUAGUGAAUGGUUUUCUCUGUUGAUGUCCAGAUUUUGAAGCUAAAAAAAUUUCUCUCGGGCAACUGAAUUGGGUGAAGACAAUAAUAACUAUAUUUUAACUCAAAUAUACAACAAAACGACCUUCGCAAUACGUUAUGAUUUUAGCAAUUAAAACGUGUUACUCGGGGGCUUAAAAGUAACAAUGAAAACAUAUAAUAGCAAAUGUCGAUAUCAUAUUUAACAAUUUUAUAAGGAUAACUAACAGGAAACGGUGCUCAAACUGGCAAUUAUGACUCGAUUGCUCUUCUUAUAUUUAAACAAAAAAAAUAUUAACUUGCAUUUAAGUCAUCAUUUAUAAUAUAUAAAACAAAACGAAGCUUUCAAUUGGUUAAAUGAUCCCCUGCGCUUUUUCAGAUUAUUCCUUUGAAAACCACAUCAAAUUUCGGAAAUGUGAUGAUAAAAAUCUCUUUAAGGAAAUUAAACCUUUUCAUCCUUCCUUCCACAGAUUUCAUAUAAGGUAAAGUUCUGUCUUGAAUUUCACUUCCACAGAAGAAUCCCUCUAUAUCCCAUCGAGCGCUUGUCCUUGGUGAAAUUUUAAGGUAACUCACCUGCCUUUCUCGAUCGUAUUUCCCACAUUUACAGCAUGUGCAUCACGAAUAACUGAUCAUGAUCUAAUUCAUAUGACCCAUUAACGAUGUACGUUUUUAGACGCUUUUUUCUUAUUUACUGAACCUACUCUUAAAUCUCUUUGUUGAAACUUAGACCUCUUUUAUGUUCUUUAACAACAUGAUUUUCAAAUUUAAUACUGAAAUCAGGUUUGGAAACCAUUUAAAGGCUUUUCCACAAGAAUGUUCCUUUUGAUUACGGCAAUUGCCCAUUUUCAUCAUACUGCAUAGUCUGUCGGAUCUCUGUUUCAUUUUGAAUAUACUUAAACCAUUCAUGUCCAGGCCCAAGUUGUUCAAGCGUUGGAUAGUUCUAUUCACAGGUUAAAUCUCUAUCCAGUGGACAUGACUUGGGGGUACCCAACGAAAUUUUAUAUGGGGAGGCUCCGCCCGGAGGUGCAACCGCUAAUCCUUUUAUGCCAUUUUUGACAGAAAAAGUACCCCUUUCGAGUACCAGAUUUUUAAGUUAUAUUGACAAAUGAUACUCCGUACACAUAUUACAGUAAAAGGCCCGAUAACUAGAAUUCCCCCUUAUUCGAACUAAGUUCAAUUCCCUUGGAUUUCACCCCACUUUCCAGUCAUUUUUUACUCGGUUAAAUCGAACUCGGAUAACUCGAAUUCCUCGCUAACUCGAAUUCUGGUUCUUUUAAUUCCACUUGAAUGCCAUCCCAUUAGCUCUUCUUGUUGUAUAAGGGAAAAAACACUAAAACUUACACUGGUCAGCACUAAAGUAAUUUGAUUUUAAUUUGUGAAACGAGCAGAUCACGUUUUAUCAUAAAAAAAGGCCUAUUCAUGUUACUGUUUCUGAUGAUUUAAGUUAAAUUUGCACUGCACCAUAAACAAAGUGCUGAAAAAUCAGUAACUACCAGUUUUUAACUGGGAAAAGUGAAUAAAGCAAUCGACCCCGAUAACUCCAACCCGAGCUAACUCGAACUCUUUUUCGUUUCCCUUCAGAGUUCGAACUACCGGGCUUCUACUGUAGCUUAGAACGCUCAGUUCAGUUCAGUAACUGCUGUAAAUGCAGUCUUUUACGAUUAAGGUGGCUGGACACAGUUUUGGCAGUUUGUGAGUAUAUGUCAUUUUUCAAAUCAUGGCAAGAGAAAGGUUGCAGCCCACAAGCUGAAACUUGGCAAGUGAAAAAUAUACUAACGAAAGAUUUUGAUCGAGAGGUAAAAUGUGACGUUUUCGUAGUUUCCAUGGCAACAUGAACGAUUGAAUACAACCUUAAAAUUUCAAUUUUGCUCAGUUUACAUAAAAUUCGCUCAUUAGAUUUUCCUAUAAACUUGCGCACAGCUUAAUAUAAUUAAUCAUUACCAUUUGAAACUUAUUUGACCAAGUUUUAACAGACGGGUUUUCAGAUAAUCAAUAAUAUAAUUGUAUUGUAAUUAUUAAAUGUAUCACAAAAUUCGUCUGCUCAACUUUCAUUUUAAAGUUCUCAUUAUUUAGAAUACGAUAAAAGCCAAAAUUCUGCCAAAUAUCACAAAAUUUUGAUGAGUAGAUUUUCAGAAAUCGUCUUCUGUGUACCAUUGCUUUUUUCCCCGCCAUGUUUAUUUGUCUAGUAAAACACGCGCCGUCACGCGAGUUACCGCUGACUGCCCGCAAAACUGUGUUCAGCCACCUUAAAUUGCUAGACCAGAAAGUUUUUCACAGCCAUUAAAUGUGUCUGUUAGCCCUCUUAGGUCCUUUCACAGACUGCAAUGACAAAUUUCCAUGCCAUUUUAUAUACCUUAACUAGUGAAAUCCCUACCUUUUGAUAUACCUAAAGCCUGAAAAGGUACCCCUUUUUGACGGGAGCCUCUACUGCCUUUACUAACCUUUACAUUAAAACUUGUUGCUUUUCAAUCUCGAAAGUCUGAGCUCAAACCUCUAUUUUGCUUAGGUAGUCCGCAACGGGACAGAGGAAAAUGAAUUCGUUGAUUGUAGUAUUCUGGCUCUCACUGCACAGUAAGUAAAUAAUUCUCUCGCAUAAUUCAUAACUUAUCCGGUCGGAAUAUCUUCUUACUUUUAUAACGAAUAAAACUUUCUCUCCCAGGUUUUACGGUAAACUAUUACGCCUCAGCUCUUAAUCUUUGUCGAGGCAGUUGUAGCGUUGACCUGGAAACAAAAGGAUGCUUCAGGGAUAUGGAGGUAUGUUAUCCUAUAGUAAAUAUUACUGGUCCGGUAUUUCAGCACCAGGCCACUGGCAUGAAAACAAGUAAAUAAAUAAUAGUAUCUCGGAGGGAAUAUUAUAGCGGCUAGAAACUAACAGAAAUAUGUAUCCAUAGCUAUGUGGCCGUGCCUUGAAACAACGUUGAUCGAUGACAUAUUGCCUAGGCAAUAUACCAUCGAUUUAAUUGUAUAUUGCUCCAUCUUCCGAAUAUGGUAAAUGCCGGUUGAUUAUAAAGAAUUAGCUGGGGGCUUUAAGCCCGCUAGAAACGGCGAAAUAUUUCGAAUGAAUAAUGAUCGUAUUAGUAGUUUUAACUCCGAAUGAAUAAGAAAGAAAUGGUUAAUAACAUGUAUCAUUCGAAUUGAAUGUCAACAAUUUUUUUAGGUUGUCGAUCCAGCCAAGGUCUAAAAAGGGGUAUAGAAAAUAGCGUGUUUUGGCCUGAAAUAGGGUCAGGAUUAGAACAACCGGGGGGAACACACCCCCACCACGAAUUCCCAGGAGCACCCCUGCAAGUAUAAUACUUGGUACGACCUACCACAUCUAUAAAUGCUUAAAAAUGUGCAGUUGAAUGGACUCCCUUCAACGCUUGCUAGUGUCCAUAGUGAGAUUUUAUAGCGGUGAGCCAGCCUCUUCCUGUAUGGUGUUUUGUAAUUUCAUUCGUGGUGUGGACCAAGGUCUCGUGUGCUACUUCGCUAACGUUGAUGCGACGCAGCUGCUUCUUUUUAAUGAAAAAAAAAAUUUUAGUACAAAGAAUUUUUUUUUCCCACCCUCUUUUGCUGACACCAACACGUCGCCCAUGCCAGAAGACACCAAGUUUCCUCAGGAGCCCAUCAUAGGCUCCUGGUUUCCUCUAUGACGUGAGUUGACCGUAUGCUAUGUUUUUUUUUUCUUUCUGUAAUUCCCAGCCUGGGCGUGUACUUCCUAAUUACAUUUACAACGAACGAGAUCCUUCCAUCAGAAACUUCGGCGGCAGAAUGAUUGACUGGUUCAACUGGAAUGAGUAUUUUCCGGGAUUCAUUUGCCGCUGUGCUGAAAAGGCUAAAUUGGCUGGGUAUGACCUUAUUGGUGCGCAAUUCUUUGGUAAGAAAGGAAAUGUUACGAAAUGUUACCCACGCCCUCCCCCAAAAAGGAACAAAUUUAUCCCUUUCUUAAUUAAAAAUUUCAUUUUACAUGCAAAUACCUAUUUGAUGACAGGUCACACAGAAACAGUUUGAAAAUUUUGUUUUCGGAAGGAACAAGUAGUUUUAAUUGGAUAUAUCGCCCACGUGUACAAAUUUAUGAAUGGAAAAUCUCAGUGAGCGGUCAACAUUCGCGCUGUUACCCUCUGACGUCCACAGCUGAUUUUGAAAUGGGCUCGCUCAGAAACUUUAUUGGCGGAAAACACUUUUAUCAUUAGAAGUCAUCUGACCCGAGCAUAGCCAGUAAGAACGCUUUGGAAAAGAUUCCAGCUAUGUAAAAAGUGGGUCACAUACGUAUGUGUGACCAGUAUUCAUGACUAGCGUAGACUGCAAAACAGUCGUUUUUUCCUCAAAAUCAGUAAAUAAAUCGGUAAGAGUCUCACGCGCGCGAAGCGCGCGACCCUCACAGGCCCCUAGGGCGUGUUUGGCUAGACGAGAGAAAAAAAACCGACAGUCCGUAUUUUUGGCGUCUCUCCCCAGUCUCGCUCUCUGUUUUCAGCUUCAUUCCAGACCUUUUGUUUGACUGUUCGCGCGUACUUAAAUACGCAAAAAUACGGACUGUUUUGCAGUCUAUGACUAGCGUAAUUGAUCCUACAACAGGUGAGUGCUGGGCAGGACACAGUGGACAACAUGAUUAUACACUAUACGGACUGGAUUACGAUGGCUGCAUUGAAGACGACUAUCAACCAUGCACGGCAAAUUCUCGUUACUGUGUCGGAAAGCAUUUUUCCAAUAUGGUCUUCCAAAUUGGUAUGUUUUACUUUUCAGUUCCGUAUGUUUGUAUGUUCGGGGUACUCUCAGGUCUGAUAAUUAAAAACCUCUUACAGAAGGCAAAAUGAUGGGUUAGGGGAGAGUCAUAUAUAGACUGCUUGCUAUCCGCCUUUACUAUUAAAAUCUUUCUAAUUCCCAUCCAAGCUUAACCGAAAGCAAAGCGGUUACAUUGGGAAGGGAGCUCCGGUAUCGCACGGACUUACACCCUCGUUUAUCGCGGCUCCCAGCUUCUCCGCUCCCUACUUUUUCACUGAAAAGAACUUGAAUAAGAGACUGCUCGCAGUCUAUAGCUAAUGGGUAGGUGGGCACCUUCCCAUGAUCUUAUCAUGCUACACAUUACAUAGGCCGAAUAUAAUCGACCGAGGUGACCGAAAGAGUGUGGAUGUAAAACGUACCCAUGGUUGGUGACAGUGUAUGUUUCGACAGCCUGUGCGCAAAUCGUCAUCAGAAUUACUGUUAUUUAUUAUUAUUUCAUGACUGAUGUUUCGCUUUGUUUGCAGUGGAUACUAGUUGCCCUGGAAUCUCUUUUGAAAAGGUUGGCUGCUACGCAGAUUACCACAAAAGCAACGAAAGACCCCUGGGAGACUACCUCUUCAACGAUCGUGACGCUUCGAUUCAGAACUGGAGCGGAAAGAUGAUCGACUGGAGAAACUGGGAUGUGUAUGUUCCCCAGUUUGCCUGUAGAUGCGCUGCUGCAGCUAAAGCUGACAACGCCACUUUUUUCGGCAUGCAAUUUUACGGUAAUUUGAUUUACCAUUGGCCAACAAGCGCAGAUAUACUGCUACCAGAAACUUGCCCUCCAAUAUACCAAUGCCAAUGGCAAUGAGGAUAGAUAUACUGCUCCCACAAACUUGCCGACCACCAUACAAAAGUCCGUAAAAUUUCGCAAGUUUGAGGAGCUGUAUCUUCUUUAGUUUUUGACAAAUCAUUCACUUCAUUUUCAUUUCCAUUUUCAUUUUCAUUGUCACUGUCACCGUGACGCACAUGAUCUUCGAGCAAGCUCUCUGGGGUACUCUGGCGGCGGGGCGAGAAAAGGAAAGAGAGCUUGCAAGUACGUCUCUGGAAUUUGAAUAUCUGCAUCUGAAGCUCAACAAAUUUACCAGUUUUAAGGUCCCUUUUUCCAACUGAUUCCAGCCAAAACUUGAAAAUCCGUUGUUAGGCCCACCUGUGAGUUCAAAGAACAGCACAAAAAUCUGGGUAUUGAUGUUACUUUUUGGUGAUUUACUACGCCGAAGAGAUCGGUGGCAUUCGUAAAUAUUAUUUCUCCUUCUUUUGCGUCAGUUUUAUAGUCUUAGAAAAGAUUUAUGAGGCUACUUGUAAGUUAAAACAGCUGUAAAAUGUGUUUAUCUUACAGGAGAGUGUUGGAGCAGCCAACAAGGGCAUUUGACGUACUUCCGAGAUGGUGGUAGCUCAAAUUGCAUCGACAAAUGUUACGCACCCUGCAACCAAUACAGAAAGUUCUGCUCUGGCAUGAAUUUCGCAAAUUUUGUCUACAGAUUGAGUAAGAAAUAUUCGAUUUUAAACCUUAAAUCAUAUUUGAUUUCCACCACCACAACCACCACCACUGCUACUGCUACUACUACUACUACUACUACUACUACUACUACUACUACUACUACUACUACUACUACUACUACUACUACUACUACUACUACUACUACUACUACUACUACUACUACUACUACUACUACUACUACUACUACUACUGCUACUGCUACUGCUACUGCUACUGCUACUGCUACUGCUACUGCUACUGCUACUGCUACUGCUACUCCUACUCCUACUCCUACUCCUACUCCUACUCCUACUCCUCCUCCUCCUACUACUACUACUACUACUACUACUACUACUACUACUACUACUACUACUACUACUACUACUACUACUACUAGUAAAAAACAUGUUUUUAUCAAUCAGUCCAUCCAUCCAUUUAUCUAUCUCAGUAUCCAUACUCAAUUUCUUUGCUUUAUCGUUACGACUAUCUUAUCAAUUCUCUGACUUUCGCCAUAAGAACCAGAGGCAGACCUGAAUGAAAACCAGGAAGAGGUAUGUGAAGUAGAUAUCUCCCCAGUUGGUUGCUACAAAGAAAAUACAAACAGCUUUGCCCUCCAAAAAGUUUUCUACAACGAAGCCGACCCUGGAAGGCCAAACUUUGGAGGCAGUCUUGUUCAGUGGAGUAAUGAUUUUGCUGCUGAUUUUGAAAAGUUCCUGUGCAAGUGCGCCCAUCUGGCGAGGUCAAACAGAUGGGAAUAUUUUGGAGUAAGGGAAAUUGGUAAG